AUGGCGCCAUAUUGUGCGAUAAACAACAUGUUUACAUUAAACAGUACAGGUAUUGCUAACUCUAUCCUAUCACCUGGCGAUUCUAGUCGAUUAAAAUUUUUGCCUUCAGGUCCCCCAGUAUGUAUCAUCGAUGGCGAUGUUCACAGGACGUUUGAUGGAUUUGACUACACUUAUUCUGGAUAUUGUACGUAUACAAUGGUUAGAGAUAGCCGAACGCAUCCGACAUUUUUUGUCAUCGUGGAGCAUAAGUUCCACCCAGAUGUAAACGCCCGUCUUACAGAAUUUACUGUCUGGGUAAAAGGAAGACACAUCACCGGAAGAAUAAACCCUCAAAACAUGCAGCCUUUGUUUACAGACGAAAACAAUAUAACAAUUAGUGUGAAUGAUGAAUUCCAAGUAGGACCCGACAUUGUUGUCAAUUAUGAUGGUCACAACUAUGAAAUAACGGACAGAAACACACUGACUGUCAUAUGGGACGGAUUGUACCGCUUAGUGAUCACCAUUGACAAGAAUAAUCUUUCAAAAAUCAUUGGUAUGUGCGGCAAUAAUGACGGUGAUCCCGGGAACGACCUGCGAACGAGAGGUGGUAUUCUCAUUGAUCUGGAGCACAGUAGUAUUGAGGAUUACGCCCGUACUUGGGAAGUCACUAACUCGUACGUAAUCCAUCUACAUUUUUUUCUGACGUAA